UUGAAAAACUGAAGUUGCUGAUGUGGUCGAUUACCAACUAUACAAAACAAGAAUGAACAUUUUUAAAGAAGUGUGUGGUUGAGACAAAAGAAUGGAAUAUAACUGAAGUUAAUACAACUACGAAGAUGUCCAUAUUUAGGUUCCCCAUACCUAUAAAUAUAAGGAUAUGUGUUGGUAACAAUUAGUUGGGACCAACAUUCAACCUUUGAAGCUCAUUUUCUCUUCUACUAUAGUUGGUUGGUAUAUGACUACGUUUCAUCAACCAAUCAACAAUGGUGAAGCUUUCAACAGGGUGAAUGAAGAACUAUAUGCCAACAUGGAUUGGGACAAACUUGGAUUUGAUGUGAUUCCAACAGAUUAUAUGUAUAUUAUGAAAUCCAAUUCAGAUGGGACUUUUUCAAAUGGAACCCUCUUGCCUUUUGGAACCAUUGAUAUCAACCCACAUUCUACUGUUUUAAAUUAUGGACAGGGAUUAUUUGAGGGCAUGAAAGCAUAUAAAAGAGAAGACGGAGGGGUACAGUUAUUCCGACCAGAAGAGAAUGCGUUGCGCAUGAGGAUGGGAGCAGAGAGACUACUAAUGCCAGCACCUAAUGUUGAGCAGUACAUUGAUGCUGUAAAACAUGUUGUUCAUGCAAAUAAACGUUGGGUGCCUCCUCAUGGAAAAGGAACAUUGUACAUUAGGCCUUUAUUAUUUGGAAGUGGGCCUGUUAUGGGUCUUUCACCAGCACCACAAUGCACUUUCUUGAUAUACACUAAUCCAAUUAGCAACAAUUACAAGGGGGACACAACAUCCUUUAACUUGUUGGUUGAUGAUAAACUUCCUCGUGCGUAUCCUGGUGGGACUGGCGGAGUGAAAAAUAUAAGCAAUUAUUCACCUGUUUUCCAAGUUGUAAAAGAAGCAAAAGCCAAGGGAUUUUCAGAUGUACUCUUUCUAGACGCAGUGGAACAUAAAUAUAUUGAGGAGGUAUCUUCGUGUAAUGCUUUCAUUGUGAAGGGUAAGGUGAUUUCAACUGCACCUACACUUGGAACUAUUCUUCCCGGAAUCACAAGGAAAAGUAUCAUUGAACUUGCUUCGGAUUUGGGUUAUAAGGCCAAGGAACGCAAGGUUUCAGUAAAAGAACUACUUGAUGCUGAUGAGGUAUUCUGUACUGGAACCGCAGUUGGAAUCUCUGAGGUUGGCAGUGUAACAUACAAGGAUAAAAGUGUUCAAUUCAAAACAGGGGCAGACACUGUGACAAAGAAGUUGUAUGGUUUGAUUACUGGAAUCCAAACAGGUCUUUUGGAAGAUACAAAGGGAUGGGUGGUUAAGAUUGAUUGAGCUAAAUAUAUAUUCUUCUAAUAUUGUUUGUUGGUCCCAGCUCCACAUAUGUUUUACUUUGUAUAUAUCAUUGUAAAUAAUACUCAUAUAUAGUGCCCGGUUCUUAGAAGAAUUUUAUGUGGGGCCAAAAUAUACUAACUAUAGUAAUAUUGUUUACAGAAAUUAUGUGUUUAAAUGAAUGGUAACUGAAAUGGUUAAUGAUUCAUUUAA